AUGAGCAGCUACGCAGCGGACGAGCGCGUGCUGGAAGCCAUCGCGUUGACCAGCACACUAUCAGUAGAGAAUUUUGAAGCGGUAAGCAAGCUUGCAAUGCGUCUUUUUGGCUCAGAUAAACAGAAUAAGCGGCAGUUUGCGCGUACAGCCUCUGCUUCUGGAUGGGAGAGUGAACAGAUGGAAAAGGUUGUGCUUGCGAUAGCCAAGAUGUUUAUGGAUGCUGCUAAGGUUGAAAUGUCCGAGGAUGUCUUCCGGAUGGUAGUAAAAGGGAUGUCGUUACCGGAGCAACAUGUCGAAGUUCUUGCAAAGUUAUAUAAAGCACAUGUGAAAGAUAUUCGAGAGUGCGUGUCCAGAGAAACAGGCACAAGCAUUUCACAGUAUCGGAAUUUGGAGUGGCGAAUCGAUCUGGAGCUUGGUACACGCUUUCACUACAACAAACCAAAGCCCAUUGUGACGCUUCGACUGGACACUCAAGUCAGUAGCUCCGCUGUACCACAAGCUCAGACCACUUGUUUUCGUGUAGACUACGACGGUCUUAAACUAAUGCAGCAUCAGCUGGAGACUGCAUUGAAGGAGGCCGACUCUGUGCAUUUCAGUCGCAUCCAGCGAUACAUGCAAUGA